CACCCCACAUCACUUCAAUCGCCAUUAUGACCGUCACCGAAGCUGUCAAAUCUGCCGUUGGCCUCGGCGACUCGAAACCAGCUCCUGCAACUCGAGAAGCCAUGAGUGAAGCCAGACUACCCCUGGCAUACCGCGACAGCUGUGCAAACCUCCUCAUACCGCUCAAUCGAUGUCGAUACGAAGAAUACUACUUGCCGUGGAAGUGCGAGACAGAGAGACAUAGUUACGAGAAGUGCCAGUACGAGGAAUUCAAGAAGCGAGUUGCGAAGAUGGACGAGUUGAGGGCAGCGAAAGGGGGAGAGAGAAGCAAUUAGAAGGUGGCUUGCGUAGCGCGUGUACAUACUUUGGCAAUGCAGGAAUUCGAGGGCAAAAACACCAUUUCGAGACUCUGCGAUACCCCCCCCCGAAAGUCCAAACUCGACAGUCCGAUUGAUUGUAUAUGCCGUGGAUUCUGUGGGGAAAUCGGAAUCGAUGUGGACGCACAGAGGGGCGUUUGAACCUGUGAGAAGGCAUUCGAGACAGCACCAUUAACCGGCCCACUGUCUGGAGUGGAUUUAACGGUGAGAGAGACCCGUGGACAUCGGUGCACUUACUUGUUGUCGAUCUGAGGAUCGGUGAUCCAAGUCCAGUGUCAACAACC